AUGGCGACGCGCCUGGGCAGCGAGUUCGUGCCGAGCCUGGAUGAAGGCGACAUCGCGCUGCACGCGAUGCGCAUCCCGGGCACGUCGCUCAGUCAGUCGGUGGAGAUGCAGCAGGAGCUCGAGCGCACGCUGCUGCAGGCGCCGGAAGUGGCCCGCGUGUUUUCCAAGCUCGGCACCGCCGAGGUCGCCAACGACCCGAUGCCGCCCAACGUCGCCGACACUUUCGUCAUGUUGAAGCCCCGCCGCGAAUGGCCCGAUCCGCGGCUGCCGGCUGCAGACCUGGUCGCACGGCUGCAGGCACUGGCCGAGACCGUGCCGGGCAACAACUACGAGUUCACGCAGCCGAUCCAGAUGCGCUUCAACGAGCUGAUCUCCGGCGUGCGCAGCGAUGUGGCCGUGAAGGUGUUCGGUGACGACAUGACCACCAUGGAACGCAGCGCGGACCAGAUCGCCGACGUGCUGCGCACCGUGCCGGGGGCGGCGGACGUGAAGGUCGAGCCCACCACCGGUCUGCCGGUGCUGACGCUUGAGCUGGACCUUCGCAUUCACGGCGAGCGCGGCCUUGAGGUCAUCGACCGAGCUGUAGGGCGUGUCGCUCGUGCUGACCUGCGCGGUGAACUGGGUGUAGCGGGUCGCCGUCGUGGCAUCGAUCUUGAACUCGCGGACCUGGAUGCCGGCCAGGCCGGUCGCGGCCGUCGGGUUGUCCGAGCUGCUGUAGGUGCCGCGGUUGGAGAUGGCCCCCAGGAAGGUGAUCGCGGACGGCUGGUAGUUCGUCGCGAAAGCGGCGGCCUGGAAGGCGUACAGGAUGUCACCGCUGCUCGAGAUGUUCGAGGCCCCGCCCGUCAGGUUGGUGACCGAGCCGCUCGCCGUGCCGCCCGCAGCACCCGACUUGGCGGUGUACGCACCGCUCACGCCCGUCCCCAACAAAGCCACCGAGGUGCCGGCCGCCACGUUCGCACUGGCCGUCCACGACCAGAACACUUCCGGCGCGGUCGAGAACACGCCGGCCGACGUGGGCGUCUGCAGCACAUUGGUGUCGGUGAAAUAGAUCGUCGUGCCGGCCGCGAGGUCGACGAAGGUCACGAACGACCAGCCGCCGACCGUCGUGUUGACGUUCACGCCGGUGAAGGCGAAGUCACCAUUGGCCAGCGAGGUGCCGGCAGCCUCGGCGGUGCCGAGGGACGCGACCGCGAGCGCGAUCAGGGACAGGGUCUUGCGCAUGGGAGUCUCCAGGUUGUCGUUGUGGCAGGGGAUCAGCGGGUGCGGCGGCGGGCCGCGAUAAGCAGCAGUAGCCCCGGCAGCAGCAAGGCGGCCGAGGCCGGCUCCGGCACGGCGGCCGUGGCGAGCAGCAGGUUGUCCAGCGACACGCCGUAG